AUGUUCAUUUUCCUAGUUUUUAAAUUGUUUAUUACGAUCAAUGCGUUUUCAUAUGUUGAGCGGAAAUUCGAUGCUCAAGCCGUUGGAAUAGAUCAAUUAAACAAUUUGGAAUUUCCCGAACUUGAUGAAAAUCCGAUAAAAUUUGAUGAAAAUUGGCUAAUUCUACCAAAAAAUAAUGUGACACAGAUGAAUAUUUUUGUGAGCUUGGGAAGUUUGAAGAAUCUGGAACAAUUAAGAAAGGUAAUUCUAUUCUGGAUUUUUAAAAACAAUUGUGAACAAAAACAUUCAGAUUCUACCAAAUACUUAUUUUUUCAUCGCCGAUCCAAAUAUUUCCCAAAAAUCUGAAAAAUCAUCUCACUUUUUUGCAUUUGAAGUUUCGUCGGAAGCAGGUUUCUCAACUGUUCCAAAAGUGGAUAUUAAUUAUUUUUUUAAUGGAAUUCUUGGCGCUAAAUUCAUCGACUUUAUGUGGAACAGUGCAGAAAAUGGCUUGGAAAUUGUUGAAAAAAUUGAGAAAACCACGGUUUGCCAAAUUAUUCUUACAGGAAAACUUCCGAAAAAUUUGCCAAACAAUUUUGUAAUUUUCAAAACAUCGAAAAACGGUGUUCUUUUGCUGAACAUCAAAGAUGAUGAAUGUAAACAAAAAUAUGGGUAUUUUUGA